AACUCGGAGAAGCUGUAGUUUUCAGAGACACGGGCCUCAUUUAUGAUUUACGUCUUCUCCGACUUCCAACCUCUUGUGCUGUGAACCCAUGUUUUUCUCGCUUCUUCCAACCACAGUAUCCCCUUCGCCUUGAAUUCUUCGUCACUUCUUUCUCUUCAUCCAUGUCGGCAUGUCGCUAUCGGUCUUCCCGUUAAAAGCUUCUCUCCCAUCUUCUCCGUUUUCAAACAUUUCCUCCAAGAUUCAUUCGUUCGUUCGCUGUCACUGAGAGCUCAGAAAGCUAGCCCCUCAUUUCUUAAUUAACUUCUCUUCCAGGUUUCUGCAGUAUCACAAUUCGUCUCAGUUCAGUUGGGUGGCUCGUCUUCUUUCUUCUACUUCAAAUUUCCCGUUUGCAUAGCCAUGAAUUUUCCUGGUUGGAAUUUUGAGAAUGAUGGCUGUGUCACCAAUCAAAAGAAGUUCAUGGGGUCGGGCCAAGAACUUGUGGAGCUGAUAUGGCAAAAUGGACAGGUAGUUACGCACAGCCAAACGCAAAGAAAACCAGUUGCGACUUCUAUCGACUCGAGACAGUUCCAGAGAGAUGAUCAAUCAACAAUCAGGGCUAAUGAAUCGUAUGGGAACUCAAGCCAUUUGAUUCAAGAAGAUGAUGCAGUCUCAUGGAUUCAAUAUCCACUUGAGGAUCCAUUGGAACAACAACUCUGUUCAAGCAUAUUAUCUGAACUGCCAUCCUCUGGGUUUGAGUCUGACAAGCCAAUAAGGCAACUCGAAGAGGGAAAGUAUGUCAAAUUCGGCCCCUACAGUGCCUGCCAUGUGACUACAAGUUCACAAACACCAAAUCUAAAGCCCUUUUCUCAGGAAUUCUCAGGAAAUCCUAUGCCUGCUCCAAGAGUUCAUUUUCCUGAUUCAACGCUGAAAAAAAUUAGUUUUGGCGGAUCACAAAAUGUCGUCAAUUUUUCUCAGUUUUCAAAACCCUCCAAAGUAGCCUCAACAUCUUCUAAUGCACAGUCUGAAGAUAAAGGUAAUUGUAAUCUAUUGAAAAACAAAGGUAAAGAGUGCUCGGUCGUGACAGUGGGUUCAAGUCACUGUGGCAGCAACCAAGUUCCUCUAGAUCCUGACAUAAGCAGGGCAUCAAGCAGUGGGGUUUGGACUACUGCUUUGUAUUCUGAAACUGAGCCCCAGAAGGAUGGUGUCCAGAAAUCAAUUCCUCAGUGUGAAAAAGGGAAGUCAGAGGUGCUUGAACCAACUUUGAGUUCAUCAUCAGAUGACUCAGGUAGUCUUGCAAAAACAUGCUCCUGGUCUGUAAGAAACCACGGCCAAAAAAGGAAAAGGAUAGAUGCAGAAGAAUUAGAGGAACAAAGUGAGGCCACAGAACCCAAAUCGGCUGUUGAAAACAAGGUAGCUCAGGGGACAAGGCCUUGCCGAAGGAACCGUGCAGCUGAAGUGCAUAAUCUCUCAGAAAGGAGACGAAGAGAUCGGAUCAAUGAGAAGAUGAGGACAUUGCAACAACUCAUACCUCAUAGCAACAAGACAGAUAAAGCAUCAAUGUUAGAUGAGGCAAUCGAGUACUUGAAAUCACUUCAGUUACAACUUCAGGUAAUGUGGAUGGGAGCUGGAAUGGCACCAAUGAUGUUUCCAGGAAUUCAGCACUAUAUGUCCCCAAUGGGCAUGGGAAUGGCUUCGCCCUCUUUUCCUCCUAUUCCAAAUCCGGUGCAGUUACCAAGAACAUCACUUGAUCAUUCCAUAUCUAUGGCUCAGACGCCGAACCAGGGUUUGAUGCAUCAAGCUCCUGUUAUGGGUCCUUUUACUUAUCAAAAUCAGAUGCAAAAUCAAGCUUUCUCAGAGCAAUACGCACGUUAUAUGGGGUAUCAAUUUAUGCAAAGUGCCUCUCAGCCGAUGAAUGUAUUUAAUUAUGGAUCUCAAGUACAACAUAGUCAAACAAUGAUUCCACCCAGCAGUAGCAGUGAACCCUUGAAUGGAGCUGCAAAUAAUGAUGUUAAUUUAAGUGGCAAGAUGGGUUUAACUAGUUUAUGAGCAUGCUUAUCAAAAUCUACUGUGUAAUUAAUAAGACAAGCAGGACAAUACAGGCCAGCUCAUGAUUUUCAGUAUCUGUGCCUACUCAACUAAAAUACUUGAAUAUAUAGCAUUUCUUCACAGGACUGACAAGUCACUUGUUUGUCCGUCGGUGACUCUACGUAUUUCUCCAAAGCGAAGUGGGAAUUGUAAUAAGCCCAGAAAAUCCAUACCUGUCAUGCCAUUCAUGGAUGUAAUGACAGGAAUGAAGAAACUGGUUUUGGUUAAAUGGCUAUCUCCAAAAAAGAUUGCUCAUGUCCUCAAAGUCUUCCAACCAUAAGAUGGCUCUAUUUUUGCAAGUGAUGAUAGGUGAAGGCCAAGGGUCCCACUCCCACUUGGCUUUGAAGACUGGUGUUGUGAGCCGCUCAUUGUUAACUUUGAAAAGUUCUGAUGAGAGCUGUAGGGACCCGCCGUUUGAUGUAGACAACUAGAUUAAUUGGGUCUCCUUUCUAUUUUCUUUUUCAUUCCUCACAAAUUUGUCCCACAGUGCUAGCAUGUAGUGACGCUGGCUCGGGAUUUCGCUAAUAGCAUAAUUUAUAUCAUUAUGAGUUUGAAAA